AAAAGUCGUGUAAAUUGACGAGAUAAAGGGUUAUCAACGCAAAUGAGAGGCAGGAGAGAUAAGAAAGAAGAUAUUGAUAAAAUAGAUGAGGAGAGAAAAGAUGGGGAUCUAUCAGAGGGAGAAAGCGAGAAUGACGAUGAGAUUUAUGUUGUAGAAAGGAUUCUGGGUCAUCGAUUGAAUAUGAAGCGAACAGGAUGGGAAUAUCUUAUUAAAUGGAAAGGAUAUGAUAAAGCAGAUGAUAAUACGUGGGAAGGAGAGAAAUCAUGCGAAGGAUGUAAAGAUUUGAUUGAACAGUAUUGGGAAAGUAUAGGUGGACGAUUAAUUCCAUCAGAGAAGCCGAAUUCACGUAAAAGAAAGUCUAGUCAAUUGCGUAAAAAUGAGAAUAAUGAGUAUGAUGUGAAAUAUCGAGGAUCGACGAGUAGAUCUAAAGAAAUAUCUACGAGUGAUUUAUCAACAGAAACAUGGAAGCCUCCAAUGCAUCUUUCAUCAUGGGAAGAUGAAAUUGAAUCAGUUGAUACGAUUGAGCGGGAUGCAUCUGGAAAAUUGCUUGUAUAUGUUAAUUGGGUCCAUGGUAAAAAAUCUGUACAUGAUAGUUUACUGAUAUAUCAAAAAUGUCCUUUAAAAAUGCUUCAUUUUUAUGAAAACCAUUUGGUUUUUCGAGAUGUUGCAUAAAAAUAGAAAUGAAAGCUUUGCAAUAAUGGUACAUUUAGUACGUU